AUGCAAGGAUGUAUAAAUUUUACCGAGGAAGGGAAUCUCCCUGACCUUCGACUUCUCCGGGGUCACGGAAAGGGUCCUCCUCCUCCUCUCUCUUCCCCAUUCACGGAAGUUCCUCACUCCAUACAUAGCAUGGAGGUUUACCGCACCGACCUCAGAGGAGGCCGUAGACGAAGACGAGGUGGAGGCGGAGGUGGAUAUGGGGGAAUGCAGAUUUCCCGAGGCGGAGGGAAGAAAGGAGGCGGUGGAUACGGUGGCGGCGGCGGCUUUGGUGGAGGUCAUGGAGGAGGAUAUGGUGGGGGUGGUAUGAAGAAGGGCGGUUUUGGUGGAGGAGGAUAUGGUGGUGGUGGUAUGAAGAAGGGCGGUUUUGGCGGAGGAGGAUAUGGUGGAGGCGGCGGAUUCAAGAAGGGUGGUGGAGGUUAUGGUGGAGGCGGUGGAUUCAAGAAAGGCGGCGGUGGAGGCUUUGGAGGAGGAUAUGGUGGUGGUGGAAUGAAGAAGGGCGGUUUUGGUGGAGGAGGAUAUGGAGGAGGCGGCGGAUUCAAGAAGGGUGGUGGAGGUGGAGGUUAUGGUGGAGGUGGUGGAUUCAAGAAAGGCGGCGGCGGCGGCUUUGGAGGAGGAUAUGGUGGUGGUGGUAUGAAGAAGGGCGGUUUUGGUGGAGGAGGAUAUGGUGGAGGCGGUGGAUUCAAGAAAGGCGGCGGAGGUGGAUAUGGUGGAGGCGGCGGAUUCAUGAAGGGUGGUGGAGGUUAUGGUGGAGGCGGUGGAUUCAAGAAAGGCGGCGGUGGAGGCUUUGGCGGAGGAUAUGGUGGUGGUGGUAUGAAGAAGGGCGGUUUUGGUGGAGGAGGAUAUGGUGGAGGCGGUGGAUUCAAGAAAGGAGGAGGAGGUUUCGGCGGAGGUCAUGGAGGGGGAUAUGGUGGUGGUAUGAAGGGUGGAUUUGGUGGCGGACAUGGAGGAGGCGGAUACGGUGGAGGUGGUGGCUUCAAGAAAGGAGGCGGUGGAGGAUACCAUGGCUGA